AGCCUUGGCCCCCAGCAGCCGUCCUGGGUCCUGGGGAGCCAGGGGCGGGCUGUGAGCCGGGGAGGAGCAGGUGGGUCCCGGUGUGGGAAGACCCGCCGCGGUGGGGCCAGGCUGGGUCCCUUGCCCGCGGCGAUCACGCUGUCCUCCCCCAGGAACUACGGGCCCACAGUGUUUGUGCAGCAGGAGGCGAAAAAGAAGGGCUGCGAGCAGGUCCUCUGGCUGUACGGGCCCGACCACCAGCUCACCGAGGUGGGCACCAUGAACAUCUUCGUCUACUGGACCCACGAGGACGGGGUGCUGGAGCUGGUGACCCCGCCGCUGGAGGGUGUCAUCCUGCCGGGAGUCGUGAGGCAGAGCCUGCUGGACCUGGCUCACUCCUGGGGUGAGUUCCGCGUGGUGGAGCGGAAGAUCACCAUGAAGGAGCUCCUGCGGGCGCUGGAGGAGGGGCGGGUCCGGGAAGUCUUCGGCUCGGGCACCGCUUGCCAGGUGUGCCCUGUGCAUCGAGUCCUGUACCAAGGCCAGGACCUCCACAUUCCCACCAUGGACCACGGGCCCGAGCUGAUCCUCCGCUUCCAGAAGGAGCUGAAGGCCAUCCAGUACGGAGCAAAGCCUCACGAGUGGGCGCUCCGGGUGUGACGCUGCAGACGGCCCGUCCGCCCUCGGACCCGGACCCACCGGCUCGCAGCAUCGAGGCCCCCGCCGGAUCCUCACCUCCCUACCAAUGACUCCACCUCAAGUGCAAUACAAACGUCAGGCCGGGGCCGGGACGUCUGGGUCUCGGGCGCCCCCUCGUGGCCGCGACACUCCCAAAGCCAUAGGGGCCGGGCCAGGCGCCUCGCCCCGCUCGCUCUCAGGCCUGGGGACUCGGUUCCCCGCUGCUCCGCGCCGCGGGUCCGGGACACCCCCUGGCCCCGGCUCCGCACCUCUCCGUUCUCAGGCCGAUCUCCCUAGUGCUGCCGUUGAUUUCUUCUUCUUCUUCUUCUUCUUGCUGGAAUUUUGAAAUAAAAAUGCCAAAUACACGA